CAAAAACAAAAAUAGUUGUGAUGUUAUUUUUUUAUUUUAAUAAAUUGACAACAUAUUUAACGUUCUUAAUAUUCAUCACAGCUAUAAUUGGUGACUAUGUAGUAAGCUACAGUAAACUUCACUUGUUUCAAGCAUUAUUUGACAAUGCCACUCAUUUUUUAAUAGGAGGACUCUCUUGGUUGAUCGUAUGUUUAAAUACAAAGGAUGCUAGCCACACUGAAAAAAUAAUAGAAGUCGUGUUAUGCAGUUUAAUAUCUUCUAUAAUUGAUAUCGAUCAUUUUAUUGAAGCACGAUCCAUAAAUCUAAAGAAUGCAACAAAACUAAAACACAGACCAUUUCUUCAUUGUUCAACAUUUCCUUUAGCUUUUUGUCUAUUAUUGUUCCUAACAGGCCAUGUUUUGGACAAUUAUGCUUUAAAGAGGAAUGGUUUAUUACUGUUUACUGCUUUUGGCAGUCAUCACACAAGAGAUGCUACUAGACGUGGGUAUUGGUUCUAUCCAUUUGGUUCUACAGUACCUCUACCCUAUAUAAUGUACAUUGGUAUUAGUUGUGUCUUGCCACAUACUGUCAUGUAUGUGCAUAGUUACUUUAAUGGACUUAAAAAUAUCAGUAGAACUGUGAUACAUAUCUAGGAUUUAAGAUCAUUCAUUAGGCAUAUUUUAAAACGUGAUAUUGCUUAUGAUUAAGCAUUUUUCGUUAGUUAUAAGUAUGUAUGUAUAUAUUCGCCCAGUUAUCAGUUUUAGCUUUAAUUGGAUUAUUUUAUGUUAAGAAUUGAAAGAAUUGUUAAGAAUUGAAAAAUGUGUGAAAAGGGGGGGUAGGUAAUUAAUAAAUUAUAAAUUAAUAUAAAAUUUCAAUUUAUCAUAAUUCCCUGCUGAAACUAUUAAGAUU